UCUCUCUCUCUCUCUCCAUUGGGGUUUUCUGGGUAUUUUUCCUUUUUUUUUCCUUCUGUUUUCGCUCCAUAUUUUUAAGCAAGCAAGCUCUUGCGCCUGUGUGCGGGAACUGGGUUGUCCAUUUUUGAUUCCACACAGGAAAAAGCUCUAAUCUUUUGGCGAUUAAAGAGCUGGAAAAAGUUCGGAGAUUUGGUAAUUAGGUUCUUUCCUCUUCAUCUUCUUCUUCUUCAUGGGAGUUUGUUUCAGCAAUCGGGUCAAAGCGGAUAUCUCUUCCACUACAUGGCUAAGUUCCAGAUUCUUGAGCAGGGACGGGAGCAAGUGCUCGUCAACAGCUUCCUUCUCGCAUGGUCCAAGAAGUGAGGGGGAGAUACUGCAAUCUCCUAACCUGAAGAACUUCUGUUUCGGCGAUCUGAAAUCUGCCACGAGGAAUUUCAGACCGGACAGUGUGGUCGGAGAAGGCGGGUUUGGCUCUGUUUUCAAAGGCUGGAUCGAUGAGAAUUCCUUUGCCGCCUCCAAACCAGGUUCGGGGAUUGUCGUUGCUGUGAAGAGGCUUAACCAAGAAGGUUUCCAGGGUCACCGCGAGUGGCUGGCUGAGAUCAAUUAUCUGGGUCAGCUGGAUCAUCCGAACCUCGUGAAACUGAUCGGUUAUUGCUUAGAGGACGAGCAUCGGCUUCUUGUAUACGAGUUCAUGCCUCGGGGUAGCCUUGAGAAUCACUUGUUCAGAAGAGGAACGUUCUUCCAGCCUCUUUCGUGGAACACCCGGAUGAAAAUCGCCCUUGGUGCCGCUAAGGGACUCGCAUUUCUUCACAAUGCUCAACCGCAAGUUAUAUACCGUGACUUCAAAGCAUCUAACAUCUUGCUUGAUUCGAACUACAAUGCAAAACUUUCGGAUUUCGGGUUGGCUAGAGACGGACCGACGGGUGACAAGAGCCAUGUCUCUACCAGAGUCAUGGGAACUCAUGGUUAUGCUGCUCCCGAGUAUCUUUCCACAGGUCAUUUGACAGCGAAGAGCGAUGUGUACAGCUUCGGGGUGGUGUUAUUGGAGAUGGUAUCGGGAAGGCGGGCGAUAGACAAGAACCAGCCGACAGGACAGCACAACCUGGUGGAUUGGGCGAAACCCUACCUGACGAACAAAAGAAGGGUUCUCCGAGUGAUGGAUCCACGUCUCCAAGGACAGUACUCGCUGAACCGAGCCCUGAAGGUGGCGAUGCUUGCGUUCGACUGCUUAUCCGUGGAUGCGAAGCUGAGACCGGGCAUGAACGAUGUCGUCAAAGCCCUAGAAGAGCUUCAGAGCCACAAAGCAGCGGUCCAUGGAGAGCAGAACUCAAAUGGAGGUAGUGAUAGCCGAGAAACUUCGCAAACAGUAGAUUAUCCCCGGCCUUCGAUGCUCUAGAGCAUUGAAAGCUCGGGGAAUUUCCACGAGGGGGCCGAAUUUUAUCGAGGUUUGGAAAAUGUACAGACUGUUUCCUUGUCUGCGUUAAGCGUGUUUUGUUGUGUGUUGAGUUUUGCUUAGAACCAUGAGUGAGAUGUAACUAAGCCUUGUCUGUUUGUAUUCGGGUUUUUUUUUUCACGUAAACGCGAUUGCAGCGGUAA